UACAGGUUGGUGUUGGUGGCGCUGUCGUUACAGUUUAUUAGUUUUACACAUACAUACAUACUUUCAUUCAUCUUCUUUCUCUCUCUCUCAGUCUCUCUCCCACUCACACACCAUUCCAUUCCCCCUCAUCAUAUAAUAUCAAUUAAAUUGAUCUUGUAUCCAUUUCUUCGCCAAAAUUCUACUCUCACUGCACCACACUUUAAUGCAACAUAACAAUGGAAUCACCACCACCACCAACCACCACCACCACCACCGCCGCUACUGAAGACUGUUCAGUCAAAGUAGCUGUACAUAUCCGCCCACUCGUGGGUGAUGAAAAGCUUCAAGCUUGUAAAGAUUGUGUCUCCGUUGUUCCCGGAAAACCACAGGUGCAACUGGGUACACAUUCGUUUACAUUCGAUCAUGUUUAUGGUAGUACCGGUACGGUUUCAUCGGCUAUGUUUGAAGAAUGUGUUGCUCCUCUUGUUGAUGGUCUUUUUCAAGGAUAUAAUGCCACUGUCUUAGCCUACGGACAGACGGGUUCGGGGAAAACGUAUACUAUGGGUUCUGGCUCUAAAGAUGCUUCUCAAACAGGGCUUAUUCCUCAAGCUAUGAAUGCUUUGUUCAACAAGAUCGAAACUUUGAAGCAUCAAAUAGAUUUCCAGUUGCAUGUUUCUUUCAUUGAGAUUCUAAAAGAAGAGGUGAGAGACUUGUUGGAUCCAAACUCGAGUAACAAAUCAGAGAUAACGAAUGGGCAGACAGGAAAAGUUAAUAUACCAGGGAAGCCACCAAUACAAAUUCGUGAAAAUUCAAAUGGUGUUAUAACGCUUGCUGGAUCUACUGAAUGUAGUGUUCAAACACUUAAAGAAAUGGCUGAUUGUUUGGAGCACGGAUCGUUGAGCAGGGCCACGGGAAGUACAAAUAUGAAUAAUCAGUCGAGUCGUUCACAUGCGAUCUUUACAAUUACAGUAGAACAAAUACGAAAAGGGAGUUCUGGUGAUAAUAGUUCGAAUGACGCCAUGGGUGAUGAAUAUCUUUGUGCCAAGUUGCAUUUAGUUGACCUUGCUGGAUCAGAACGCGCUAAAAGAACAGGAUCUGAUGGCAUGCGAUUCAAAGAAGGAGUUCACAUUAACAAGGGACUUCUUGCACUUGGAAAUGUGAUCAGUGCCCUUGGUGAUGAGAAGAAACGGAAAGAAGGUGCUCAUGUUCCAUAUCGUGAUAGUAAACUUACCCGCCUCUUACAGGAUUCUCUUGGUGGAAAUAGCAGAACAGUUAUGAUCGCUUGCGUUAGUCCUGCUGAUAUAAACGCCGAGGAAACUUUGAACACGUUGAAGUAUGCUAAUCGUGCUCGGAAUAUUCAGAAUAAACCUGUAGUGAAUAGGGACCCAAUGUCAAGUGAAAUGUUAAGGAUGCGCCAACAACUAGAGUGCUUGCAGGCGGAACUUUGUGCUCGUGGUGGAGGUUCUCCAGUGGAAUUACAGGUACUGCGAGAAAGGAUUGCUUGGCUUGAAGCUACUAAUCAAGAUCUUUGUAGGGAACUUCAUGUUUACCGUAGUCGAGGCAUUGCAAUUGAUCACUCUGAAAUGGACACUAAAGUUGAUGAUUCCUUUUGUAUAGAAAAUGAAGAGUUAAAAAGAAGUGUUGAUUCAUCUGAUUAUCAGAUGAGUGAAAGUGGCGAUUCUGGCGUUAUAGAUGAAGAAGCAGCAAAAGAGUGGGAGCACACCCUUCUCCAAGACUCAAUGGGCAAAGAACUGCAUGAGUUGAAUAAACGUUUAGAGCAGAAGGAGUCGGAGAUGAAACUUUUUGGUGGAUCUGAUACUAUGACUCUUAAGCAACAUUUUGGGAAGAAAAUAAUGGAACUCGAGGAUGAAAAACGGGCAGUACAGAAAGAGAGGGACCGAUUGCAGGCCGAAAUUGAAAAUCUUUCAGCUACUUCAGACGGUCAAACACAAAAGUUACAAGAUUUGCAUUCCCACAAGUUAAAAUCACUCGAGUCACAGAUUCAGGAUCUCAAGAAGAAAAAAGACAGUCAGGUUCAAAUUGUGAAGCAAAAACAAAAGAGUGAUGAUGCAGCAAAAAAGUUACAAGACGAAAUACAAUUUAUCAAGGCCCAAAAGGUUCAACUACAACACAGGAUAAAGCAAGAAGCUGAGCAAUUCCGACAGUGGAAAGCAUCACGUGAAAAAGAAUUGUUGCAGCUAAAGAAAGAAGGGCGUAGGAAUGAAUACGAAAGGCAUAAACUGCAGGCCCUAAAUCAACGCCAGAAAAUGGUCCUUCAAAGAAAGACAGAAGAGGCUGCUAUGGCUACCAAGAGGCUCAAGGAAUUACUUGAGGCCCGCAAGUCAGUUCGCGACAUUUCUGUGACUAGCAACGGAAACGGAAAUGGAAAUGGAACAAAUGUACAGAGCAAUGAGAAAUCAUUGCAGCGAUGGCUGGAUCAUGAGGUGGAAGUGAUGGUGAAUGUUCAUGAAGUUCGAUAUGAAUAUGAGAAACAAAGCGAAGUGCGUGCUGCACUGGCUGAAGAGCUAGCUGUUCUUAGACAAGUUGAUGAAUUUGCUGCAAAAGGAGUUAGCCCUCCAAGAGGAAAAAAUGGAUUCUCUAGGGCAUCAUCUUUGUCACCUGAAGCUAGAAUGUCGAGAAUAUCUUCACUAGAGAGCAUGUUAAGCAUUUCAUCAAACUCACUUGUGUUCAUGGCUUCACAACUGUCCGAGGCAGAAGAAAGGGAGCGUGGCUUUGCAAGUCGUGGACGUUGGAAUCAGCUGCGUUCUAUGGCGGAUGCCAAGAACCUUCUUCAAUAUAUGUUCAAUUCUCUUGCAGAUGCUAGAUGCCAAUCAUGGGAGAAGGAUGUUGAGAUGAAAGAAAUGGAAGAACAGUUGCAAGAGCUUGUGGGUUUGCUAAGACAGAGUGAACUACGAAGAAAAGAAGCCGAGAAGGAGCUAAAAGUAAGAGAACAGCAAACUGUGGCAAUCGCAUUGGCUUCAUCUGCCUCGGGUAAUUCUCACAAUUCACUGAAACACGUGGCUGAUGACAUGAGUGGUCCAUUAUCUCCAAAUUCUGUUCCCGUACCAAAACAGCUCAAAUACACGGCAGGCAUAGCCAAUGGUUCAGUCAGGGAAUCAGCAGCCUUCAUAGACCAGAAACGAAAGAUGGUUCCCCUGAGUCAGUUAUCUAUGAAGAAACUGGCAUUGGUCGGGCAUUCUAAUGGAAAGCUGUGGAGGUGGAAGAGGAGUCAUCAUCAAUGGAUGUUGCAAUUCAAAUGGAAAUGGCAAAAACCAUGGAGACUCUCAGAGCUCAUCAAACACAGUGACGAAACAAUCAUGAGAUCAAAACCUCGUCCACAGCCCAUUUCCGACCUCAUGUUGCAUAGACAUUAAGUUUAAGAUGUUGCUAAUGUAUAUUCGUAUUUUACCUCACCCUCAUCUCCAACAUACAUUAUAGUGAAGAAUAUGGAAAUAAGUGCAGUGCAGUGUGAUAUAUUAGGCGUGUGUUGGAGAUAUGUGCUUGUAGAUGGUUCAUUGAUUUGCUGAUCUUGGAUAGCUAAGUUUAUAAUCUUGAAAUAUUGCUGGGGGUUGUGGCAAUGGUGGCAACUUGUGAAGUCAUAUCGAUGAGAGCUUUCUGAACAUUUAAAGUUUUGAAAUUUCGGUUGCUGAUCUGCUAUGGACUUUCCGAUGCCUCCCCCAGCUGAAACUAGUGUGUGUGUUUUCUAGUGUGAUUUUUUUUUUGGAAACACAAGUGUUGUAGUUUUAUAGCUAAUUUGUUUGUAGUGCAUGAUAUGAGUGCAAAUAAUUUUGUGGAAAAUUUAACAUGUGAACAUUUAUUAACUAUGGCAAAAAAAAGUACAGAUUAUUAAUGUA